AGAACGACGUCUCGUUUAGUGUCCUCAUCCAACCUUCUCCGCUGGUGCGAGUCUAUUGAAUAUCUCGCCUUUGUUCUGGUGUCCUGACGAUUGGUGUAUCACACGCUGCUUGUACUGGUACUCCUGUGUGCUUUGUUGCUGGACGACUUGGCGUCUUGUCACGUCCUUGUCCCUCCCCUGCAUGCCUGACUAAAUUCGCAAAAAGCCUGGCGUCCCCCAUCAACCUAAGAACGCCGAAGAUCUCCCUGAACAAGCGGAGCUUAUCGAGCGUCGCAACUUCGGUUUGAACGAUCGCGCUAAAUGCUUUCAGAGUCGCCUUCUAUAUUUGUGUUCUUUGACCUGUCCAAGAAGGCGACGUGCGAAGUUGACUUUCUCAACACUCCAAACUCUUUCAUCCCACGCUGGGGCGUUUGAUCCACCAGAGCGAGCGUGAUCCAGCAUGGAGACCAAUAAUUCGGCCGCACCGGCGAACACGAACGGGCAACUUACCUCUCCGCAAUUGCACUCGGACUCAUCCUCGUUCCCAACCCCAGGAAAGCGAAAACGCGUCCUCAGUCCCAACCAAGAAUCUCCGAAAGGGGACGGUAUAUCAGACCCAACUGUCACCUCGAGAAGGGAGUUGCUUGAUCAAACGUUGAAAGAUCUUCUACGGGUUCUAGAAAAAUAUGAUUCAGAUCUUGGUAUUCUGAAAAUUCCCCUUCCCCUCAAUUAUGCGGUCGAACCAGAUCCUAAACGCGCGAAACUAUCAAAUGCUACCAACAAUUCACAAACAAUAGAGUGCAAAAUUGAGGAGGGUCAAUACAAGUCUAUUCAAGAAGUAAUUGAUGAUGUUGAGACCGCGUCCGGUUUAGUUAUCGAACGACGUCGUGAGUCAGAAGCCAAUGCAAACAAAUCAGAUCACUCUCGAUCUUCGACGGAAUUAGUCAACCUUUCACGCAUAUUUAGAAAGCAUUUGGACAACUUUAUCCUCCGGAGCCCUUUACAAGGUACUGCCCUUGUAAAGGCUGAGUCUCAGGAGCUUCAGAAGACCGAGCCCCGCAACAGGGAUAAUAGUAGAAGGGCGUACGAUCGGGAGGACAAAAUGGUUCUCACGCUAUAUGGAAAUGCCCCUCGCGGGAGACAUUUGUUUUCGAGCUUGCAACACUCAAUCGCCGAGCAGCCUGACUCUCGCGACCAAGGUAAGCCACCUGGCGCGGGGGUACGGGCUACAAUAAACGAAGCAGCGUUGCCAAACGGCAUUACUAUAUCCAAAGUCAUCCCUUUCAAUGUCAAAAUCGCGGAAUCGGAUAAAGCGAAAGCCAGGACCAUAGCAGACGUAUUUCCAGCUCGCCCCACCCUUCCUCAGUUACAACCCCCGCUCAAACCUCGGUCAUCAAAGAAUUCGACCAUCACUUGGCUUGACCCAUAUGAACUUACCAUAGCCGCAAAUUACUCGCCAAAUGAAAAAAGAGGGUACAGUUAUUUAUCUCUUCCUUCAGGAGAUUGGCUACAUUACGGAUAUGAGCCUUCCCUUCGCCCGGGAAAUCGAAGACCAAAGAGCGAUACAAAUAUCGGGAGGAAUCUUUCAAAACCUUUCCAACACUCCCUUGACGACGGCAACGCAAAAUUUCGCGGCCUCUAUUCAUCAUUCGCACCUUCGUUUGAUAGCUCUGGGGCGGUUGUACCUGAGGACGCGAAAGAGCAAAUUUGGUGGGAUAAACAUGGCCAAUAUCGUUUACACGCAUUAUUGUCGGUUGGAAAUGAUAUGACAGCCGAAGAGACAGACAGCAAGACCACAAACUUACAAAUCGAACCAUUAGACGAAUCAAGUCUCGAAGAAGCUGUGAAGUCAUUUGAUCCAGAGGACGACAACGUGUUAAUCGAGCCACAGAAAAGCGCUGAUGGAGGAAACGAUGAUAAAGAUUUGGAAGAAGUACUCGAAAAUAUCUCGGAUCUUUUACGCACAUUGAACUCGUAUCGCCAUAUACGAAACCUCGGGCAGACACAUCCCGUUCCGUCUGGGAUACAGAACGACGCAGUCGCCACACCGUCAGAUGCGUCAUCGCCCUCAGCUACGGAAGUUACCGUCUAUGAAACUCUCAAGUCAAGUUUAAUUGCAAUGAUAGCCACGUUACCUCCAUAUGCCGUAUCUAAACUGGAUGGAGACCAAUUAGCGGAAUUAAACGUCAGCAAGAAAAUACUUCUGGAGAGCGCUGACUAUCCUGGCAUGAUGGAGGAAGAUGACUACUCUAUGCAGCAGAAACAAAUACCCAGAGCUUCCCAGAUGCCGAAUGUAGCCCGUCCUCCCUCUGCGUCAAACAUGAACCCGUCGCGGCCAUCGCCAUACCAGACACCUCCAACAGCACCCAAUGCUUCAUUGGCCCGGGGAUAUCCAUCCAAUUCUCGAACAAAGACUCCAAUGGGCCAUUCUUCCCACCAAGCCUAUGGGACCAGACAGCCGUCGUCAUCUAUCCACUAUGCCCCAAGUAAUUCUCCUCAGCCAUAUAAUCAGCCUCGACAGUCAUCAGGUCAACGGCCGGGGUACACGCAACCUCAAUUCUCACAACCUGCAGCUCCCCAGUAUAAUCAAGGUAACAACAUCCUUCAGCAAUUCCAGCGGCCAACCCAGGUCGGAAUCGGACCAUACCCUUCCCAGCGCAUGCCUUCCCCUGCGCAGGCACCAACUCAACCCUAUCCCCGCCGAGCAAGCCAGCCGCCUUAUCAACAACGACCACAGGAUAGCCCAUAUGGUUCACCUGCUUCUGUCCCGCACACUGCAUCUCCCCAGAGACACUCUAGCUUUGGUGCGUCUCCACAACGGCACCCUUACAUGAAUUCUACUCCGACUAAUCCUCAACCGAGAUACUUCCAACAACAAACCCCACAACCACCACACUUUCCAACAUUCGGUGCUUCCCAAGCCAGCCCGGCGCCAACAGGAUAUUCCAACAGCGCUGCGGCAAUGACUUAUUCCCGGAGCGCAGCUGAACAAGCAGCGCUUAUGGAUCGCAACAAAGCACAGCUAGCCGAGCAUCAACGCCAAAAAUCCAGCACUCCACAGCCAGGGUUGAACCCCCAAUUCAGUGGCCAAGGAAACCUUCCACCAGGUAAUCGACAGAAUGGUGCGCCAGUGGGGUCUGCGGCAGGCACGACACAAUAAAGGACAGAAAAACAUUAUUGGGGAACAUACGAUGGGAAUAAGUUAAAAAAACGAGAGCCAACAGUAACUAUUCAUGCUUGUCUUUUAUAGAGGCUCUUCUACGCAACUUGAUUUUCUAUAUUUGCAUCUUCACUUUUCUGGCUUCAGCACAACGAAAAACGAGACUUGUAUUUGUCGUCUGGUCUCUCAAUUUAUUUUUUUAGCAGACAUUUUUGUGUUGCUUUCUCUUGUACCCUUCUUAAUAUUGGUUUCUGCCCAUGUCUUCAUCGCAACACUUCUUUUUUUAUCAAUCCUUUUCGAAGCAAUGGGAAGAGUACAACUUUUUUACAUUUUCGUUCUAACCUGUUACCUAUUAUUAUUUCCUUACAUGUGACAAUACGAUGCAGAAGUUUUCAGUUCCUCAGUUGAGGCACCUAAUAAAUUUCCUCUGGCGACCAAAAAUACUGGCGGCGGACUUGGCUUUAUCUCCGGUUUUGUGUUUUCUUUAUCUCUCUUUUCCUCGUUGCUUUAGCUUUCCUCCACCAACCCGACGUGGAUAGUGAAAGGGCGAAUGGGAGCGUUGGGUCGGACGCAACGGCUUUUUUGAUUCUGGUUCCUGCUUUUUAUCCUCCCCCCACUCUCCCUUUUUUUCGCUUCUUAACCGGAAGUAGAUCUUUUCACAGUGAUUCUGAUUCAAAAGUAAGUUUUCAUUUUUUGAAGAGAGCGCGAUGGGAAAUGGGCCAGAUGGGGCUAUAUAUUAUACUAUAGGGUUCGUUUGGUUUGACACUUUUUUUUUUCUUCUAAUAGUUGUAGACUAAUUAUACGUUAUCGCAUGGAGUCCUGAUCUCGUCUAUUAUGUUUUUUACCCCUCUUCUAUCCCCUAUUAGUUGGAGUUCAGAUGAGAACAGCAAGCUAUCGGGGGUACAUAGCAAUUGUGGCCGGCUUAUCUACAGACUUGGACGCGCAUCUCAGCCAUAGUAUCUCUAGAAGCAGAAAUCAAGUUUGUCAAUUUGAAUUUUCAAGGGAUAUUUACUACCAAUGACAUACACCAACCGAAACACGAUGAGGGUAUUUGAAGAAAAUAGAAAUGAUUCCAAAAAGACUUCCAUUCUACCGCUCAGGGUUAGUUACUUAA